AUGGCCGACCUCAGUACCAAGGAGUCUGUCAUUCAGACCAAAGCUUCGUCGGAGAUGGAUGCGGACGAGCUUCGACUGGCGCAGAUGGGCCAUACCCAAGAACUCAAGCGUCAUUUUAGCAUCUUGUCUUUGAUUGGCCUUGCUUCAACGACCACCAUCUCAUGGACUGGUCUGGGACUGAGUAUCGUUACUGAAAUCAAUGCCGGUGGGCCGAGUGCCAUCAUCUACGGCUUUAUUCUGGUGACGGUUCUACAGAGCUUCCUUGGUGCCUCUCUCGCCGAGUUUGUGUCCAGUUAUCCCACAGAGGGUGGCAUGUACCAUUGGAUUGCUGCGAUUGCGCCCAAGAGGUCGAGCGCGUUCUUGAGUUUCGUCACGGGCUGGCUGACCGUUUGUGGCUGGAUUUUCACCACUGCCUCGACCAACUUGAUCUUUGCCGAAGUCGUCCAAGCUCUUUAUGCUCUUUAUCAUCCUGACUUGGUGAUCAAGGACUGGCAGACCUUCAUCAUAUACCAAAUCCUCAACUUGCUGACGGCUGGUGUGGUCCUUUUCGGCAAUAAAAUCAUUCCAGCCCUAAAUCGGUUUUCUUUAUUCUACCUACAGAUUGGCUGGCUGGUCGUCCUCGUUACUGUUGUGGCAUGUGCCCCGACACACCAAAGCAGCGAGUUUGUCUUCAGAACUUGGGUCAAUAACACCGGUUGGAAUAGUAAUGUUAUUUGCUUCAUUACUGGCCUGGUAAACCCUCUCUACAGUCUGGGUGGACUUGAUGGAGUCACACACAUCACUGAAGAGAUGCCAAAUCCAUCGCGCAACGCACCGCUUGCAAUUGCCAUCACCAUUUCAAUUGCAUUCGUGACUGGUCUAACCUAUCUUAUUGCGCUAAUGUUUAGCGUUCAAGACUACGCGGCUUUGUCCACGACCAACACCGGCCUGCCUCUCGCUGAAUUGUUCAACCAGGCAACCCAGUCGGUCGGCGGCGCGUUCGGUCUGACUUUUAUUCUGUUCGUUGCUCUGGGGCCCUGUGUUGUUUCAUCACAGCUCUCCACGUCGCGUGUUCUCUGGGCUUUUGCCCGGGAUGGUGCUAUGCCAUUCUCUGAUGUAUGGAGCCGAGUGAGCAAGCGAUUUGGUAUUCCUUUCAACGCACAGCUGUUGGUUGCCGCUGCCAACGCAGCUUUGGGAUGUAUCUAUCUCGGUAGCAGUACGGCCUUUAACAGCAUGUUGAGCUCGUCUGUGACUAUCAACAACGUCGCAUACUUGAUUCCGAUUUCCACGAAUAUGAUCAUGGGCAGGAGGGGUAUGCAUAAGGGAGUGUUCCAUAUGGGCAGAUGGGGCUGGAUCGUCAACAGUGUCACUGUGGCAUGGCUCAUUUUUGCUAUUGUCUUCUUCAGUUUCCCUUAUGACAUGCCUGUGACGGUGGAGAACAUGAACUACACUUGUGUCGUGGUUGGGGGAUUACCCAUCCUGAUCCUGAUAUGGUGGUUUGUUGGAAGCAAGCAGUAUAAAAACAAAAUAGCCAACGCCAAGGAGGAGUAA